CUUACAAUAGCGAGUGGAGAGUCGUGAUUUUUGAAGCCAAGGACACACCUCAAAAACUGCAAACAUGAUCAAUAUCGCUGGCGUGGUGAGCAUCGUGAUGUUCUACCUCCUGAUCCUGGUGGUGGGCAUCUGGGCGGGUCGCAAGAAGCAGUCCGGAAAUGAUUCCGAGGAGGAGGUGAUGCUGGCCGGUCGCUCCAUCGGCCUGUUCGUGGGCAUCUUCACCAUGACAGCCACCUGGGUGGGCGGUGGCUACAUCAACGGUACGGCCGAGGCCAUCUACACAUCGGGUCUCGUGUGGUGCCAGGCUCCAUUUGGAUACGCUCUGAGUUUGGUAUUCGGAGGCAUCUUCUUUGCCAAUCCGAUGCGUAAGCAGGGAUACAUCACCAUGUUGGACCCCCUGCAGGAUUCCUUUGGUGAGCGAAUGGGCGGCCUGCUCUUCCUGCCCGCUCUCUGUGGCGAGGUUUUCUGGGCCGCUGGCAUCCUGGCCGCCUUGGGCGCCACUCUGUCGGUGAUCAUCGACAUGGACCAUCGCACCUCGGUGAUCCUGUCCUCUUGCAUCGCCAUCUUCUAUACGCUCUUCGGAGGACUCUACUCCGUGGCGUACACGGAUGUGAUCCAGUUGUUCUGCAUCUUCAUCGGCCUGUGGAUGUGCAUUCCCUUUGCCUGGAGCAACGAGCACGUGGGCAGCCUGAGUGACCUGGAGGUGGAUUGGAUUGGGCACGUGGAGCCUAAAAAGCAUUGGCUUUACAUAGACUACGGUUUGCUGCUCGUCUUUGGGGGCAUUCCCUGGCAGGUCUACUUCCAGCGGGUGCUCUCCAGCAAGACGGCAGGAAGGGCUCAGCUGCUGUCCUAUGUGGCCGCCGCCGGCUGCAUCCUGAUGGCCAUUCCUCCAGUGCUCAUCGGAGCUAUUGCCAAGGCCACACCUUGGAACGAGACGGAUUACAAGGGACCCUAUCCCCUCACCGUGGACGAGACGAGCAUGAUUCUGCCCAUGGUGCUGCAGUACCUCACGCCCGAUUUCGUGUCCUUCUUUGGGCUGGGAGCCGUUUCCGCCGCCGUGAUGUCCUCCGCCGACUCCUCAGUGCUCUCCGCCGCCUCCAUGUUCGCCCGGAAUGUGUACAAAUUGAUUUUCCGUCAGAAGGCGUCCGAGAUGGAAAUCAUUUGGGUGAUGCGCGUUGCCAUCAUUGUCGUGGGCAUCCUGGCCACAAUUAUGGCCCUCACCAUUCCCUCCAUUUACGGCUUGUGGUCCAUGUGCUCGGAUCUGGUCUACGUCAUCCUGUUCCCGCAGCUGCUGAUGGUGGUGCACUUCAAGAAGCACUGCAACACAUACGGCAGUCUAUCGGCGUACAUUGUGGCCCUGGCCAUCCGUCUGUCGGGCGGCGAGGCCAUCCUGGGACUGGCUCCGUUGAUCAAGUAUCCCGGCUACGACGAAGAGACCAAGGAGCAGAUGUUCCCCUUCCGCACCAUGGCCAUGUUGCUCAGCCUGAUCACACUGGUCUCGGUCUCCUGGUGGACUAAAAUGAUGUUCGAGUCCGGAAAGUUGCCGCCCAGCUACGACUACUUCCGCUGCGUGGUCAACAUUCCGGAGGACGUGCAACGCGUGGGCGAUCCCUCGGAGUCGGGAGAGCAGCUAUCGGUGAUGGCUGGACCACUGGCCCGAUCCUACGGCGCUGCCACCAUGGCUGGGAAGGAUGAGCGAAACGGCCGCAUCAAUCCCGCCCUGGAAUCGGACGACGAUCUGCCGGUGGCGGAGGCCAGACGCAUCAACCAGGAGACGGCGCAGGCGCAGGUCAAGAAGAUGCUGGACACGGCCACCGGGGUGAAGCCCGCCGGCGGAGGAGGUGGCCAGAUGAGCCAGAGCGGGAUGGCCAUGCCCACCGCGGAGCAGGAUAAUACGGCCUUCUGAGCGGAGUAGAAAGUCCCAUAGGCCCGAAAGUAGGCUGCAGUCCGGAGCAGUGAAUUAUCCGAUUUUAAGUUGCGCUUGUUAGGGGGAUUCAAAUGGGGGGCUGUUGGGUCGUCAGAAGGUGGGAAACGGAGUACAGAAAGUAUUAGGAAAAACGUACGUUAAACACACAAGUGCUCAGGUAAAAAGUGCAGAAAGCUGAUCGUAAAGUUUACAUUUUCAUUUAGCCAACUUAUUGUGUAUAGUUUCUACAAGCUUAAAGCGUUCUAUCGGUAUUCAUUUUGAUGUUAGAGAAUCUAUGUGUAAAUGUUCAAAACGGUAUCAGAAGUGCAGAAAUCGAUUAACCGAAUACAUAUCAACUGCAUUUUUCCUGGCCCGAGAAUUGCAAAAAAUUAACAAGAAUACUACGUAUUAACCCUGAAGAGUUAGGCCGGAAAAGAGGCUAAAUUAUAAGUACAUGUAUGUAUAACCAUUGAGUCGAGCAUUUGAGAGAUGUUUACGCCACGUAAGCAAUACGAAUCGGCAUUCCUGGCAUUAGCAUAUCGAUCAUAUACUAUUUAGAUGCAUCGUGCAUAUAAUGUGAAUCAUGUGUCCUUCCAGAACGAACAAAGCUAAGCAAAACUAUCCACAAACUAAUGCAAACGAAACAUAUCAAAACAAGCGGAAGGGAAAGGAAGUAUAUAUCAAUAUACAUAUCACUCGUGAAACUGUUGUUUGUAAGCUUUAGAGGAGAAUCGAGAUAUACAUACCUAGAUCAACUAUACCAAUACCCAAUAAAAUGUGCAAACAAAGUAGUCGUGUAAGUGACCGAAAACGAGGCAUAUCGAGUUAUAUAGGAAUGAAUUUUAGCUGCUCUCAAAGAGCAAAACCACAAAGUAUAUGGCAGAUCAUACACAGGAAAGCAUACAAAGAUGAAACAAUUAUACAUACUAUAUGUAACAUGUUGCGUCGUAGUACCUAAAUAUAUACCUAUACAAAAUCAUAUACACGAGCAUAUAUAUACAUAUCUAGAAACCAGCCACUUAGAGAGUUAAACCCAAGGAAAAACACCCACGACAUUGACCCAAUAAAACCUGCAUAAGAAGCAUUGGCUAGGGAGAUUCUAUUCUAUAUAAACACACGCUGCCUGAACCCCAAACCUCGACUUUUGAUCUCAAAGUAAACCUAAAAAAUUAACCCAAUUGAAUAUUUAUUCAAGAGAUGUGCGUAGGUUCCUCUUUUUGAAAUUCACUCGGCUCGUUUGUUACUCUUUCGUCCCGUUGGAAAGAACUAAUCUGAAUUUUAAACUAAAUCGAAAUCGAAAUCUAACUAAAGUCAACGCAAGAAACGAAUAUGCGUAACUAACUUGAUAAGGUUUUUGAGCCCUAAAAAUACCAUUACUAAAUACAUACAACUCACUUAAUUGUAAUAAAUGUUGACUGCUUUUUGAUUGAGCCUCGAUGUUUGUUGUAUUGGGGUAAAGUUUUUUAACGUUUACAUAAGUGAAACUAAGAAGUGUUUGAGUCCAUUUAGGAUACCUACCAUAUGAUACAAACAUACAUAUCUGAUAUCUGUUCGUUGUUAUUGUUAUUAUCUCUUGCAUCAGAUCUGAGUGUGUAAAUUUCGAUAGAGUUUGAAUCCGUUUUAGCUAAGGAGUUUAACUGAAUUUCCAGAGAUCCUACAUAAAUAAUUAAGUGUGUUUGUAUUUCAUGUUUCACGUUUCUUUGUGCAGUUAACCAGGUUUGUAAAUAAGCAAAUUACUCGAAUCGUUUGUAAAGUUACUAUCAACUAAACCAAAACCACCAAAUAAUUUAUGCAUUCAAAUGCGAUGACUUCGCUUGGUUAAAAUCUUGGUCGAAACAAUUCUGUUUGGCAAUUAGUUAAAAUAUAUAUUUCUGUUAUUGUUAACCAAACUUGGUCUACCCAUUCCAAGUUCCCUUAGUGGCAUUAUGUAAACCAAUCAAAGAGAAAACCAAAGCGAAAUAGAACGAAGGGUUACGAUAUACAUGAUGUAUUAAGAUCAAAUUAAACCGAAUACAUAUCAAUGUUUUAAGCAUAGCGAAAUGGAUUAAAACCCAAGCAAAAAGAAACGAAAAAAGUAUUUAAUAAAUAAAAGGUAUAUAUAUCUAUAUUGAAAUGGUUUCUCU